AUGCCUCCCUUAAUCCCGCAAACACCUCAUAAAGAUGACCUGGAAGAAACAUGGGCCUUUCUGGAGAAGGGGAUCAAUAAUGUGAUGCUGAAGCUGGAAGAAGGUGUUGAUAUGAAGACUUACAUGGCCUUAUACACAGCGGUACACAACUUUUGCACGUCACAAAAAGCGGUCAAUAGUCAGAGUCUACACGCACAUCGUGGUGCACACUUGCUCGGAGAAGAGCUGUAUAAGUUACUCGGGGAAUACCUUUCGCGUCACCUAGAAGCCGUAAACACAGAGUCCCAAAGCCAUGUCGAAGAAGCUUUACUAGGGUUCUAUAUCCGGGAAUGGACUCGUUACACGACGGCCGCAAAGUACAUCAACCAUCUCUUCCAAUAUCUGAACCGUCACUGGGUGAAACGAGAAAUCGAUGAAGGGAAGAAGAAUGUGUACGAUGUGUAUACGUUGCAUCUAGUCAAGUGGAAGGAUGACUUCUUCCUCAAGGUGCAUGGGAAGGUCAUGGAUGCAGUCCUGAACCUUGUUGAGAAGCAACGAAAUGGUGAAACUAUUGAACAGUCGCAGAUCAAGAGUGUCGUCGACUCUUUUGUAUCUCUCGGGCUUGAUGAGAGCGAUAGCAGGAAGUCAACCCUCGAAGUUUACCGGUACUACUUUGAAAAACCCUUCAUUGCCGCUACCCGAGUCUACUACGAGGAUGAGUCCCGCCAAUUUGUUGCGGAAAAUAGCGUUGUUGAGUACAUGAAGAAAGCAGAAGCUCGCCUUGAUGAAGAGAAGGCCCGUGUUGGCCUAUACUUACACCCAGAUAUCUCCAAGCAUCUCACCGACACAUGCUUGGAUGUUCUUGUGACCGCCCAUUCAGAGCUUCUCCGAGACGAAUUCCAGCCUCUCCUCGAUAACGAGCGUCAGGACGACCUAGCCCGCAUGUAUCUACUUUUGUCACGGAUUAAAGACGGGCUGGACCCUCUCCGAACAAAAUUCGAAGCGCAUGUACGAAAGGCCGGUUUGGCCGCAGUUGAGAAAGUUGCUGCUGAAGGCGAGUCGUUCGAGCCUAGGUUGUAUGUGAAUGCGCUACUACAGGUACAUACCAGAUACCAUAGCCUAGUCAAGGAAGCGUUCAACGGGGAAUCAGAAUUUGUUCGCUCGCUCGAUAAUGCUUGUCGUGAGUUUGUGAACCGCAACAAGAUCUGUAAGUCUGGGUCUACAAAAACCCCAGAGCUGCUGGCUCGGUACACAGAUUCGCUAUUAAAGAAGGGUUCCAAGGCUGCAGAGGAGUCGGAGUUGGAGGAGAUGCUAGUCCAGAUCAUGACUGUCUUCAAAUAUAUCGAAGAUAAGGAUGUCUUCCAAAAGUUCUAUUCGAAGAUGCUUGCCAAGCGUUUGGUGCAUGUUAGCUCUGUAUCCGAUGAUGCAGAGACUAGCAUGAUCAGCAAGCUGAAAGAGGCGUGUGGGUUUGAAUACACCAACAAGCUACAACGAAUGUUCCAGGAUAUCCAGAUUUCAAAGGAUCUUAACGCCAGCUACAAAGAUUGGGAGGGCAGGGCCUUGGAUGACGAAGACCGCAAGAAGCUGAUGGACUCGCACUUCCAAAUUCUGGGAACCGGAUUCUGGCCCCUCAAUGCCCCGUCAACAGACUUCCUUGCACCCCCAGAGAUUGUCAAGACCGCUGAGCGAUUCCAGACCUUCUACUUCGAUAAGCAUAGCGGUCGCAAGUUGACCUGGCUUUGGCAGCUCUGCAAGGGUGAAAUCAAGGCCAACUACAUUAAAAACACCAAGGUCCCGUUUACCUUCCAAGUAUCCACAUUCCAAAUGGGUAUUCUUCUGCUGUUCAAUGAGAAUGACACCUUGUCUUAUGAAGAUAUUCAAAAGGCUACAUCUCUUACCCCUGAGAUCCUGGAUCCAAAUUUGAGCAUUUUUCUGAAGGCGAAGGUGCUUCUUAUUGGCCCCGAGGGAUCCAAGCCUGGGCCGGGAACAUCGUUCACAUUGAACUAUAACUUCAAGAACAAGAAGAUCAAGGUUAAUCUCAACAUCCAGAUCAAAUCCGAGCAGAAGGUGGAGACGGAUGAUACACACAAGACAAUUGAGGAGGACCGCAAGCUCCUGCUUCAGUCCGCUAUUGUCCGAAUCAUGAAGUCUCGCAAGAAGAUGAAGCACGUCCAGCUUGUCCAGGAAGUAAUCCAUCAAGUCAAGUCUCGUUUCCCUCCCCAAGUACCGGACAUCAAGAAGAACAUUGAAGCCUUGAUGGAGAAGGAUUACAUCGAGCGUCUAGAUGGUGAUGAAAUCGCUUAUAUUGCGUGA